AUGCGGCGGCUCUUCGGGGGUCAACUUCUUGGCGUGAAGCAUCGCCGACUUAUCGUGGACGCUCAGGCCUUCUUCGAGCUCUACGGGCGCAGACCUGACGCGGUAGGUGUGCAGCCGUCGGGAGCGGAGUCUCCUGCUUCUUCUUGCCCUGGCGAUGCUGCUGCUGCUGCUGCUGCAGGUACAUCGCUAACGUGGAGGAGAGCACUCGACGAGAUCUCUGCGCAGUUGUACGUGGCGCCAAAUAGUGGUGUCAGUCGAGCUGCUACAAAGAAGGCGCUGGAGGCGCUGACGGCAGCGUUCGCUUUACCGCGUGACCGGCGGGCACGUUACUGUCAAGGAUGUUGGGAACAUGCCCUUGAUGUGUGGGCUCACACGGACAAAAACGACCUCCACAGCGCCGUGCUAUUGAUAACGGUGUUGUUCUACAAUGGAAAGUACGAUCUUCUGGCGCAGCACGUGGAGAGUUGCUGGCUAUCAGGGUCGCCACAACGGGUGCUCAGGAGCAGCAACAUUUGUCAUUCCCUUAGGUUGAUGGCUGUGUACGUACUAGCUUGCUCGUUAAAUGGGACGCAUGUUCAGUCGGUGAUGUUGCAGAAGGUGAAGGAAAUCGCUGAGAGGGCUCUUCGCUGUGCCAGUGGUGAAGCAACGAAGGAGAGCGCACUCGAGUAUAGGCUGCUGCUCUACGCAAUGGAUUGGUAUUUUUUCCACACAGAUGAUCUUGAUCUGCGGAAGCUCAUCUCCUCCACGUUUAGUCCACUUACACCGUCAAAGCUACGACCGUUUUUGUUUGUCACAACGUCCCCACACCAUACGAACAUUGUGAGAGAUAUGCCUCCUGCCACUAUUCUCCGAGAAGGAAAACAUUGUGCGACCAAUUGUGAUAAGGAAGGACUGCUUCGGUUGUUUACACAUUGUCGGCGACGUGAAGAGUCACAAAGUGGGUUUCGGUUGUUUCAACUCUCCACACGGUUAGGAGACAUGCUAUCACUCAUGCCAGACACGGAUUCUCGUCUACUAUCGGAUGUCAUCACUUUCUGUGGAACCUCCCUAAGCUUUGAAGCACUCACAAAAAUUGGGGCGACAAGACGCUGUCUCCCUGCUGUUCUGCAGGUCCUUGGCAGUAUGGAAGGCGCAGAGGCGUACUUUGCCGCUCGACAGGUUCUUUUCCACCAUGACUCCAAGGAGGCAUUGACCUUUCAAGAGAAGUAUGGGGAUAUCCUUACUGGGGAUUCAAAGCUGGUGUGGCGAACUGGACUGGAGUCCAUGCAGGAAUGCCUUGCGCGAGGCGAUAUGAAGUGGCGUGGUAUGUUACCAUCUGUGCUGCGGCUACUGAGUGAUGCCGGUGAGACUGUGAAAUUUUUUCAGCUCCUGCGUGAGAGCCAUCGUGAGGGCGAAGGUGCGUCCCUCAUGGUAGCUUCAGCGUUGGGGCAAGCUGCACGCCGUUCUGGACAGUGGUGGCGCGCACACGAUGUGCUUGACAUAAUUGCCGCCUGCGAUCCACCGAGGACGGUGUCGGAGGAUCGAUUUCUCGAGGAUGCCUGCCUGCAGACGUUGUACGCCUUAAGAGACGGCAAGCGAUGGAAGGAGGCGCUCUCAUUCUACAAGUUACUGGCACCAGCGAUGCCGAAGACGGCACACAGAGUGCUUUGUUCGGUUGUCUGCGGAAUGCCCGCCUCUUCCCCCUGGGAGGAGGCUCUGGCGAUGGCCCAAGGUUAUGGUGAUGUUCCGGAAGACUUUCUCACAUCGCUUCUCUGCGCAAGGGAUCCAGAUCGCGUUGCACAUUCGCAGCGCGUAAGCGCGCGUUCUUGGCGGUACAUGCUUCAAGGGUACGCCGAAGGUGGCCACUGGCGUCAUGCGUUGCAGCACGUUUGCAGUCGCGAGAAGGUGAAUUUUAAUGCGUGGGUUGCUGUCCUUCGUGCAGCGCAGCGUACACCACUUGGCUCACUGUCGCGUGAUUUUUUUGAGUUCCUUCCCGAAACAGUUUGGCGUGUCUCGGAACUAUUGAGGCUUUCUGUUCUGGUUGCCGAAGGACAUGGGUACCUGAAGGAGCUGCAUGAUGUGCUGCAGAGUCGUAAGGAAGGUUCGCUAGCGGCAGAGUAUCAUGCUUUGGUUCGCUUCUUGAUGGAUGGGCGUGCUCCACCUCGGGUAGCGAGGUUUACUGAUGAUUACGUCAUUCACCGACUGCUCAUGUCUCCUGUGUCUUCUGUGGAGUCGGUAUUUAUCACCGUCGCGUGGACCAUGGGGGCUCGCACAGCGUUUAAUAGCAUACAUUGUGGAGACAUGAAAUCCUUUAUUCAGGCACGCUACAAGGUUCAUCCAUUAUGCUUGCCUGGUCGGUGUAAAAAGGCAGAACAGGAUGUCUUUACACUCCGUGCUAUUCCGCCUCAGGUGCCCUCUGUGGGAGAUGAAACACUUGUGGCUGUGCGAGAUGACGUGAUUGUGGCGUAUAAGCCCCCUGGGGUGGCGACACACAGUUACGCCAGAUCGGUGGCACAACGCAGUAAAACAGGUGGUAUGCACUACCUUGCGUACCUGCUGACUCCGCCUUCCUGCGGCCUUGUGUUGCUCGUGGCGUCCAACAUUCCCACCAAGGCGGUGUGCCUCGAGAUGAAAGUGCUGCUGCGUAUAUGUCCCACUAGCUCAGCCUCGCCGCCGUUGAUGUCCAGCGAGUUCUUUGCAGCGUAUGCAAUGGAGGUGGUACUGGGACCUGCGUCCGACGGCUGCGUUGUGGUAAGGGCCACUUGCUGCUCCGACUCUGAUGGAUUACUUGCGGGAUCACUCUACCGCCUGAAGGAGAGCAUUGCCGCCGGAGGUUGGGGUUUCUGGGAGGGAGACACGGGCGACAGUGAUAACGGUGGCGAGUGUGUGCACCUCGCAGAGGUUGCGGUGCGCAUUCACCACACGGGGUCGGAAGUGGAGCCGAUGCACUUUUCUCUCUCACACCUCCCUGCGUGGUCGUUGAUGACGAUGGAGGAGCAGCCUUGUGUUUAA